AUGAACUCGAAGGACAUCAGCCCGGAGAUGAAGGAGCAGGGGAAGCACAGCGCCGCCAUAGACAAGGUCAUCCGGGCAGACAAGAAGAAGUACGACAGGACGGUCAAGAUACUGCUGCUCGCACCCACAGGCGCUGGAGAGUCCGGCAAGUCGACCAUCAUCAAGCAGAUGCGCAUCAUUCACUCCGGCGGAUUCCCUAUAGACGAGCGCCGGCAGACUCGGGCGGUCAUCUACUCCAACAUGAUUGUCGCCUUCAAGCUGCUCAUCGAGAUAAUGGAAGCCGAGAACAUAAGCUUCGAGCAUGAAGCUACGGAGCCCCUCGCCCACUUCAUCCAGACCAGCGAAGCAGACGUCGAGUGCGAUGAAGCCUUCACCGAUAUCAAAGUGCGGGAGGCCGUCAAGACAAUGUGGGAGGAUGCCGGCGUCCAGAAGGCUGUCGCCCGAGGCCACGAGUUCGCCCUCCACGAUAACCUCCACUACUACUUCAACUCGCUGGACCGGAUAUUCACGCCUGGCUGGCUGCCAAACAACCAGGACAUGCUGCAUUCCCGGCUACGGACUACCGGAAUCACCGAGACCCUCUUCGAGCUCGGCCAGAUUAACUUCCGCAUGAUGGAUGUUGGCGGCCAGCGGUCGGAGCGUAAGAAAUGGAUCCAUUGCUUCGAAGGCGUACAGUGUCUGCUGUUUAUGGUAGCCCUAUCCGGCUACGACCAGUGUCUAGUGGAGGACCAGACUGCUAACCAAAUGCAUGAAGCUAUGAUGCUCUUCGAAUCUCUUGUCAACGGCGAAUGGUUCAAACGCAAGCCCGUCAUCCUCUUCCUCAACAAGAUCGAUCUCUUCAAGGAGAAACUCGCCAUAUCGCCUGUCUCCAAACACUUCCCGGACUACAGCGGGCGAGACGGUGACUUCGAGGCCUCUGCAAAGUACUUCGCCGACAGGUUCAGAGGCAUCACUCGUGUCCCCGAACGAGAGAUAUACACCCACUACACUAACGCAACUGAUACCACCCUCCUAAAGGCCACCAUGGACUCCGUGCAGGACAUGAUCAUACAGAAGAACUUGAACAACCUGAUCUUAUGA